AUGGAAUUUGAAAGGUUUAUAAGGUUAGGAGAGGAGAUAGGACUGGAGGGUGCUGAUUUGAUUUCUUUCGCUAAAGAAAGAGAGCGGUGUGAACUUGAGAGAGUGAAGCUCGAAACAGCUAAACAGUCACAUGAUCAUGAAACACUUAAACUUAGACAGAAAAUUGAACAAAUAGAAAUCCAAAGGGCUGAAGAAAAGGAGGCACCUUAUGUGAGAGCUCCUAAGCUUCCCGCUUUUAUGGAGGGAAGGGAUGAUAUGGAUGCAUUUAUCCAUCGGUUUGAGAAUUAUGCUACUGCGCAGAAGUGGAACAGGGGAACUUGGGCAACUAAUUUGGGCACACUUCUUACAGGGAAGGGUUUACACGAAUAUUCAAAGUUGCAGGGAAAUGAUGUUCAGGAUUAUGACAAAUUGAAAAUGGUUGUGUUAAAAGUUUAUAAUUUAACGGAAGAAGGGUUUCGGUCUAAGUUUAGAUAUUCGAGACCUGAAUUUAACGAAACAGGGGCACAAUUUAUGACCAGGUUGUCCAAUUAUUUUGAUCGAUGGGUUGAUAUGUCUAAUGUUGAGAAUUCAAUGAAAGGGAUACGGGACUUGGUUGUUCGAGAACAAUUCUUGAGCAAAUGUAGUAAGGACUUGGACAUAUUUGUAAGGGAAAGAAAACAUAAAAAUGGGGCUGAGUUGGUUGAACUUGUAGAUCAAUAUUUAGAAGCUAGAGGACAUGGUUUAGGUCAAGCUAGUAGACCCAGCUCUAGAGUUAAGGGGGAUCCACUAAAAGGUAAUCCAACAGGGACUAGGCCUCCCAGCCCUCAUAUGGAUAGAAAAGAAGGACGGGGUAAAACGUGUUUUAUAUGCAAUCGGCCGGGACAUUUUGCUCGUGAUUGUGUUCGUAGACCUUCUUUUAAGGGGACACAUCCAGGGGGCCGAGGUCAGGGGUACCAAGGGAAAAACAUGGGACCUAGUGUCCAAUACAAUCCUUUGGCUUGUAUGAUCAUUAAGUCAUCUCCAGAAAGAGAAGAUAAAUUUGUAACUUUGAAAUGUGGACAUAAAGUUCCUGUAAUGAGUGUAGCAUGUAACACUGGAGGGUUUAGAAGUAUGCCAGUAGUGAGUGGUCGUGUUGGAUCUGUUCACGUUACGGUAUUGAGAGAUAGUGGGUGUAGUGGUGUUCUAAUUCGAAGGGCUCUUGUGUCUGAUGGUCAGUUAACUGGUGAAAUUAAAACGUGCGUACUAAUAGAUGGUACGAUACGUGAUUCUCCGGUUGCUAUUAUCGAUGUUGAUACCCCUUAUUUUGCCGGAAGAGUUGAAGCUUUGUGCAUGGAACAGCCGAUCUAUGAUUUAAUUUUAGGCAACUUGACUGGUAUUCGAGAUCCUAGUGACCCAGAUCCAUUGUGGAGUGUCAGGGCAGAUGAAGAGAGGGUUGAGAAAAGUGUUACGGGUAAUAGAGUGGAAAUAUCAGCAGUGGUUACCCGGGGACAGCAAAUGAAACUUGGGUUAAAGCCCUUUAUAACUUUAAAAGAUGCCGCACCAUUGUUAAACUCUGUAACGAGAGAGUCAAUUAGAGAUGCUCAGGAGAAGGAUGGGUCUCUUGGUAAGAUAAAACAAUUAGUUUUAAACGGCAAUGUGAAAUGGGGUAAAAAGGGGAGUCGAUCGAAAUUUGCAAAAGCAGCUGAUGGGUUUAUUUACCGUGAAUUCCAAUCCCCAAUCAUUGAAUUUGGAAAAAUGUUCCGUCAGAUUGUAGUGCCCCAGCCUUAUCGAGAACAGGUGUUGAAAAUUGCUCAUGAAUCCAUCCUUGGGGGACACCAAGGGGCUAAAAAGUCUAGUGAUAGAGUGUUAGCUUUCUUUUAUUGGCCUGGGGUAAUAUCAGAUGUUAAACGAUAUUGCAAGUCCUGCGACAUAUGUCAGAGAACAAUUCCAAAAGGGCUACUUAAAAAGGUUCCUUUAGGGGGUAUGCCAUUGGUAGACACUCCGUUUGAUAGAGUAGCAAUGGAUAUCGUGGGACCAAGGUCGGGACGGGGUAACCGAUACAUUUUGACACUAGUUGACUAUGCUACUCGAUACCCUGAGGCAGUUGUACUCCCUAGUAUAGAAGCCGAACGAGUUGCUGAGGCAAUGGUGAAUGUCUUUUCCAGGGUUGGGAUCCCUAAACAAAUUCUAACUGAUCAGGGUGCUCAAUUCACAUCUCAAGUAAUGAAAGAAGUGAGUAGGCUCUUAUCCUUUCGUCAAAUGACGACCACCCCGUAUCAUCCUAGUUGUAAUGGCUUAGUGGAACGUUUUAACGGAACACUCAAACGUAUGUUAAUGCGCAUGUGUGAAGAGAAACCCCAAGAUUGGGAUCGCUACUUAAACCCUUUACUUUUUGCUUACAGGGAAGCUCCUCAGGAGAGUACUCGAUUCUCUCCAUUUGAGUUGCUAUAUGGCCGGACUGUCCGGGGUCCCCUGUGCAUAUUGAAAGAAUUAUGGUCGGGUGAGGUGGGUGAAUCUGAAACCAAAACUACUUACCAAUAUGUCCUGGAUCUUCGAGAGCGGCUUGAAAAGACAUGUGACUUAGCGCAGCAGGAGUUGACAAAGUCCCAGAAAAAGUACAAGGGGUACUACGAUCGAAAAACCCGCCCUAGGCAGUAUCAAGUUGGAGAUGAGGUGUUGUUACUGCUCCCCACUGACAAGAAUAAAUUAUUAAUGCACUGGAAAGGGCCAUUUCCAAUAACUAAGAAAGUAGGUGUAAUGGACUACACUAUUAACUUGGGAACAAGAGAAAAAACAUUUCACGCCAACCUUUUAAAGAAAUAUUAUCGGAGACCUGUAGAACCAUUGGUGAGUAGCAUUCUCGAAAUGUCGUGUGCUGCGAUAAUAAAUGAAGAUGACCCUGUGAAUGAGGAGAGUGUGAGAGAGAAAUACAUGAACUCCAUUGAUUUUCCUGUAAUGGUUUGCAAGGAAUAUGUAGUUGAUGUACAUGUUGGUGAAGAUUUGACUGCGGAGCAACGAACAAGUGUGAGUGAGCUUUUGGAUCGUUUUGAAAACACACUAACAGAUGUGCCGGGUAGAACUAAUCUAGGGUGCCAUGAUAUUCAGUUGACUGAUUUAACUCCUAUCCGAACAAAACCAUAUCCAAUCCCGUACACUCUUCGGAAAAUUGUUGAUGAUGAAGUGGAGAUGAUGUUGAGAAUGAAAGUGAUUGAACCUUCUAUUAGCCCAUAUAGCCAUCCCUUAGUUAUAGUGAAAAAACCUGAUGGGAGUUACCGAAUUUGUGUAGACAUGCGAAAACUGAAUUUGGUUACCAUAUUUGAUGCUGAACCAAUUCCUCAGCAAGAUGAUAUAUUAGUUCAGUUAGCUAAGGCCCGUUAUUUCUCGAAAAUAGACUUGAGCAAGGAUUAUUGGCAGGUCCCAUUAUCAGAUAGGGCUAAACCAUUGACUGCUUUUAGUACCCGAGAGGGUCUUUUCCAGUUUCGCAUGAUGCCCUUUGGGUUGAUUAAUGCUCCGACAUCAUUUAGUCGAAUAAUGAGAAAGUGUGGGUUACAUCAUGUUGUAAAUUACAUAGAUGACAUCCUUGUUUUUACUGAAACGUGGAUAGAACAUAUUGAAACACUCUCAAAUUUGUUCAUACGCCUAAAAGAGGCAAAUCUCACAGCUAGGCCAACGAAGUGUUACAUUGGAUUAGAAGAAGUAGAAUUUCUAUGCCAUUUAGUUGGUCAUGGGUUGUACCAACCAAUACCAGGCAAAUUGAAGUCUAUCCAAAAUGUGGAAAGACCACGGACCAACAAACAAUUGCGCUCCUUUCUUGGGUUAGCCAACUACUACCGUAAUUUCAUUCCUAACUUUGCCGCUAUUGCAGCACCAUUAACGGAUAAGACCAGGAAAGGGGAGCCCAAUAAGUUAAUAUGGGAAAGAAAUCAAAUAGUAGCAUUUGAUGCUCUGAAAUGUAAAUUAGGUACGUCUCCGAUUUUGCAUUUGCCUGAUUUGAACAGGAUGAUGAUUUUACGUACUGAUGCAUCCAAUAUCGCGUUAGGAGCAAUGCUUUUACAGGAGUUUGAUGGACACAAGUUUCCAAUAGCUUUUAUAAGUAAAAAGCUGAAUCAAGCUCAACGUAACUAUGCGACUAUUGAACGCGAAUGCCUAGCGAUUGUAUGGGCAAUUCAUAAAUUUGAACCAUAUUUGUACGGGCGAGAAUUUGUCAUAGAAACUGAUCAUCAACCAUUGUUAUGUAUGCCGAAAUCUAAAGUUGCUAAUGGUUGA